GUCGCGGGCCCAAAAGCGGACCAGGACCAUGUCGUGGAAGCGGAAUUACUUUGCGUCCGGCAGCAGCGGUAUGCAGGGCAUCUUCACGCCUCGGACCAUGACGUCCAUCGCCCCGAGCAAAGGCCUCAUCAACGAGCCAGGACAGAACAGCUGCUUCCUGAACAGCGCGCUGCAGGUCCUGUGGCACCUGGAUAUCUUUCGCAGGAGUUUUCGUCAGCUGACCACACACAAGUGCAUGGAGGACUCCUGUAUCUUCUGUGCUCUCAAGAGCAUAUUUGCACAGUUCCAGUUCAGCAGUGAGAAGGUGCUCCCCUCUGAUGCUCUGCGCAGUGCUCUGGCCAAGACCUUCCAGGACGAGCAGCGCUUUCAGCUGGGCAUCAUGGACGAUGCGGCCGAAUGCUUUGAGAACCUGCUGAUGCGGAUCCACUUCCACAUCUCGGACGAGACGCAGGAGGACAUCUGCACCGCCAAGCACUGCAUCCCGCACCAGAAGUUCGCCAUGACGCUCUUCGAGCAGUGUGUGUGUAACAGCUGUGGGGCCACGUCAGACCCUCUACCCUUCAUACAGAUGGUGCACUACAUCUCCACCACCUCCCUCUGUAACCAAGCUGUCCGCAUGCUGGAGUGCCGGGAGAAGCCCACGCCGGACAUGUUCGGGGAGCUGCUCCGCACCGCCAGCACCAUGGGGGACCUGCGCAACUGUCCCAGUAACUGUGGGGAGAUGUUGCGCAUUCGGCGGGUGCUGAUGAACUCACCAGAGAUCAUCACCAUAGGCCUGGUGUGGGACUCGGAGAACUCUGACCUGGCCGAAGAUGUAAUCCACAGCUUGGGAACCUGCCUCCGUCUGGGCGAUCUCUUCUUUCGGGUGACGGAUGACAGGGCCAAGCAGUCAGAGCUCUACCUUGUGGGCAUGGUGUGUUACUACGGCAAGCACUACUCGACCUUCUUCUUCCAAACUAAGAUACGCAAGUGGAUGUACUUUGACGACGCGCACGUCAAAGAGAUUGGGCCCAAGUGGAAGGACGUGGUGUCCCGGUGCAUAAAGGGACACUACCAGCCCCUGCUGUUGCUCUACGCUGACCCCCGGGGGACGCCGGUGGCACUGCAGGACAUGCCCACUCACCUCGACCUGCACCACUGCAGCAAGGCUGGCUACGACAGUGAAGACUCAGGGCGGGAGCCGUCCAUCUCCAGCGACACGCGAACAGACUCUUCGGCGGACAGCUACACGCACCGGCGCCCGCACCCGCACCACGAGUCCAUGGCCAGCCGCUUCUCCUCGGACUCGCAGGGCACCGUCGUCUGUUACCCCGACGACGAUAAGGGCUCGCAGAGCAGCAUGGACACCGCGGGUGUGGACGCCCUCGACCUCUCUCUCCUUCCCUCUCAUUUCACUCUCCACUUUAAAUUCAAAUGCUUCGUUGCAAAGUACAAUAAUGCAAAUAUCACUAAUUGACACUUUUAUUUAACGGUGUUGUUCUCUCCUCCCUUCUUGCCUCCAGGGGAGACUCUGAAAAACCCGCAGACCCCUCGCUCCACGCCGAAGCCCUGCUCCUCGGGCCGGCUGAGGGACUUCAAGGACCCGGGGCCAAUGGUUCACAGCCGCCCCCUGUCAUCCUCCUCCAGUUCGGGGGUGGGCAGUUCGGAGCCCGGGGCGCGGGCCCACGACUGGGAGGACGAGAGCACCAGCAGUGAGUCCAAGUCCAGCUCCUCCGGGGGGCGCUAUCGUCCGGCUUGGAGGCCCCGGCGAGAGGCCCUGAACAUCGACAGCAUCUUCAGCCGGGAGCGGCCCCGGCCGGCUGGGAACGGACCCCUGGGGGCCGCGGCACUGCCGGAGGAUGCCGGCGCGCAGGGGGAGGGGACGGGACUUGGGGUCGGACCCGGGGCAGGGGCGGGAGGCCUCCCGGCGCCUGGGGCCGGUGUGACUGAGCGCCCACCACCCCCUCCGCCCCUGAGGGGGCUAGACCCUCCACCCCGUCUGAUCCAGAGGAUGGAGAGUGGCUAUGAGAGCAGCGAGAGGAACAGCAACAGCCCCAUCAGCAUGGAUAUGCCCCUCGCUGAGGCAAACAGAGCCACUUCUCACAGGGACGCUGGGGUGAAGAAGCCUUUGACCCCCGUCCCAUCCUGGCGCAGUGUCCCAAAAUCCAAGAGCAGCAGUGCCAUCCUGCAGGACAACAGAAAGCCCACGCCCUCGUGGAACAGCAGCCACCUCAACCUUGCUGGAGAAGGCCGCAGUGAACUGGACGAGCUGCAGGAGGAGGUGGCUCGACGCGCGCGGCAGCAGGAGUUGCAGAGGGAGAGGGAGAAGGAGAGGGAGGUGGCCAUGGGAUUCAACCCCAGACCCAGCAAGUACAUGGACCUGGAUGAGCUACAGCACCAGGUGAACAGCCUGGCUCGGUCCAAAUUCUGCUGACGACCAAUAAGGAAGGGGACUGGGAAGUAGACCGGGACACCACCCUUGGCCCGCCCUCUCCUCUUCACGUCAAGCCCCUCUCCCCUUGUAGAAACUCGCUCCCU